AUGUACCUGGGUUCCUUUAUUUUUUAUUUGUUUUCAGACCAGUUGCAAUGUGAAGUGGCUGUACUGGCUCCACCAACUGGAGAUGAAGCUUGUAGCUCUUUGAUCGGAGGCUUCGCCAGACCCUGGACGGCACUACCUCGGGACGAGACCCAAGCGGUGACUUCAGCGCAGGCAGCCGAGAACCGCCGACAGGCAGAGGAGCGCCCCGAGGGUCACCGCCAGCGCCGAUCGGCCGCUGCCAGCCGCGGCCUCCGGAGGCACAGCGGCCCUCCCCGCGGCUUCCCCUCAAAGUUCCCGGCGGACCCUCCUGCACCUAGCCCUGCUGCGGCUCCCCGCCGCGCCCGGCGCUCCCCCGGCGGACGGGGCGGCGCGGCGGCACCUCCCCCGGCCCUGCCCAGCCCUGCCCGGCCCGGCGGAGGCGGUGGGCGGCUCCCGUGGCCGUGGCAUAAACCGGCGGCCCCUCCCGCCGCCGCCGCUGUCCCCGCUGGACGGCGGGGAGGCGAGCGGCGCUGCCCGGGGAUCGGGGCGGAGGCUGCGGCUGCUCUCCGGCGGAGGGGCUGCGCCCGGCGGCGGCGGCGGCGGGCCGGGAGCUGCGGGGCACGGGCGCGCCGGCGGCUGCCGCGGCCUCGCUCGCACGGCGGCAGCGGCGGGAGGCUCCGCCGGGCUUCCCCAUUGUCUGCCCGCGGGCGGAGGGCUGCGCUGCCCGCACGCCCCCCACCCUCGCCUUUGUGUGCUCCGGCCGGCGGCGGGGCGGCGCGGCGCCCGCCGUGA